CGCUGCACCGGUCCUUCGCAAGGAGCGCCCGACGCGCCGCGCGCGAGGUCUAGCCAAGAGGUGCUCCGUCUGGCAUUUGUGCGCAGUGUACGCCUUGGCUGUGAUGCUAGAUGGUGUCAAGAUCUUCAGGUCAGGCUCUGCGAUCAGUGCGUCAGAGCCUUCUCUUGCCGCACAGCAGGAGACGGGCGGCUCGCGGUGCUAGCACUGUUCACCGCUCCUCAGCAACUCGAAGCCACAGCGCUCGGGCUCCGGUCAGCCAGCAUGUACACAGCAGCAGGUACAGCAUGCGAGGAUGUGUGCUCCGCCUGGCAGCACAGUGCAAGGCGAGGCCGCUGACUACACAGCCAGGCCGUCUGAGUACGCAGGCUCUCCGAGCCGAGCCCGUCCAGCGACCGCGGCAGCCUCGGCGCAGCAGCCCCAUCGCUAUCGUAUCACGGCUUCCUGACACGCCUCCGAUUCUAGUGGCGCAGAGGUGGACUUGCGAUCUCCAGAUUGCCUCAGUCUAGCGCUGGCAGUGCCGAGUCAUGGCGGCGCCUGAUGCCGCGAGAGAUGUGGUUGUGCGGGGUGCACAGCUGCUGGCGAGGGUCUGCACCGCCUCCGCGCCUGCCGCUCUGCGGCUGCGCACGGCUC